GAGUGAUCUGUUACGCAGGGAAACGAGAGGCCUGAAAUCGCUGGCCUCACAUUCUGCGUGUGUAGAAGGACGGAGUCGCUUGGGACCUUAUCCUAUCCAUCUAUCCAUCCAUCCAUCCAUCCAUCCAUCUCCUCAACUCACACCACCAUCACCUUACCUUAAAACCCUCUCUCUCUUGCUCACACACAUUCUCUCUCUACUCCCUCUAAACCCGACCACACUCUCUUCACCUCACUUUUCUCUUCAAUCCUCUUUCCCCUUCUCUUUCUACCGCUUUUCAAUAAGAAGUGCUCCAGAAAUUCUUCAAAUUGCCCGUACUAGUUCAAAGAAACAAUAAAGUCGAAAACCAGGCAUUCGGAUUCUCAUUUGUUUCCCUCACUUCUGCUUGAUAGUUGAUGUUACAGUUGAGGAGCUUUUAUACUUCUUUCUGAUACUCAAUUUCUUUCUUGUUUCUGAUACCCAUUUCACAUUUUUGUUCUAGUCCGGUUUCACUGCUUCUCUUGUAGGAUAAGGAAUUGAUUUAUGUGGGUUCUUUCCAAUUUCUUGAUAAAUCUCUGCUCGUCUUUUAGAGAGAUUGGACUUGAUAAUUAGUAUGUUUCGAACGGUUUUGGAUCAACCACUGAAGCGUGAAGAUUGAAGGGAAGAUAAGGAUAAGAGCGGGCAACUCUGGGUUUCGAUUGAAAAGAGCUUGAAAAGAUUUACCAGGGAAGCUCCCAAUCCAGAAUAUCUCUUGUCUUGGAAGAACCAUCGCUUUUCCCAUUAAUUGAGUUGGUUUGAUGCCCGAUGGCUCCAAAAACGGGAAAAUCGAAACCCCACAAAGCCAAAGGCGAGAAGAAGAAAAAGGAAGAGAAAGUUUUUCCGACGGUUCUGGAUAUCACCGUUGAGACGCCGGACUACUCUCAGAUAACGCUCAAGGGAAUCUCGACGGACAAAAUCCUGGACGUCCGGAAGCUUUUAGCAGUCCACGUCGAAACUUGUCACUUGACCAACUACUCCUUCUCCCACGAGGUCCGAGGCCCUAGGCUGAAAGAUUCGGUGGAAAUCGUCUCCCUCAAACCUUGCGUGCUCUCUAUCGUCGAAGAGGACUACACAGAGGAACUUGCAGUUACUCAUAUUCGUCGACUUCUAGACAUUGUCGCCUGCACGACGUCCUUCGGUUCUUCCACGUCUUCUCCCAAAAAUGGUGGACCGAAAGAACCCAGUUCGAAAGAACACGGUUCGAACGAUGGCGAAGCCUUGGUUGACUCGCUUGCAGAAAAUGGAGGUGAAUCUAAUUCGAAGCAAAAAACAGGAAGCAAGCAAUCGAAUCCUGCCAUUAAUGGAAAUCAUAAAGCUGGGCAAGGCGUCAAAGCUAGCAAAGAUGGGAAGACGGAAACCAUAACUACCGUUGACUCCGGGAAGGAGAUGGCGGAGAAGGGGGACGUGGUCUCGAUGUGCCCGCCAACAAAGCUGGGCCAGUUCUACGACUUCUUCUCAUUUUCGCACCUUACUCCGCCGGUCCAGUACAUUAGGAGGUCGUCCCGUCCGUUCCUUGAGGAGAAAACCGAAGACGAUUUCUUCCAAAUCGAUGUACGAGUCUGCAAUGGGAAGCCAGUGACGAUUGUCGCUUCCCGUAAAGGGUUUUAUCCUGCUGGGAAACAUCUUUUCCUUAGUCACUCUUUGGUUAGUUUGUUGCAGCAGAUAAGCCGGGCUUUUGAUGGGGCUUACAAAUCUCUAAUGAAAGCUUUCACAGAGCACAAUAAGUUUGGAAACCUACCUUAUGGGUUUCGUGCAAACACAUGGGUUGUUCCUCCCAUUGUUGCCGAUAACCCAUCCAUUUUCCCCCUUCUUCCUACAGAGGAUGAAAGUUGGGGAGGAAAUGGGGGUGGUCAAGGAAGAGAUGGGAAGCAUGAUAACAGGCAAUGGGCAAGAGAAUUCUCAAUAUUGGCUGCCAUGCCUUGUAAGACGGCAGAAGAGAGACAAAUCCGAGAUCGAAAAGCCUUCCUACUUCACAGUCUAUUUGUCGACGUUUCAGUCUUUAAAGCUGUUGCAGCUAUCCAGCGCCUUACUGAAAGUAGUAAAGGUUCUCUGAAUUGCCAAACUGCUUCACAUGAAGGACAAGUUGGGGAUUUAAGGAUUACAGUAACAAGAGAUGUACCUGAUGCAAGCACAAAGUUGGAAUGUAAAAAUGAUGGAAGUCAGUCUCCGGGAAUGUCACCCCAGAUGCUUGCACAGCGAAACUUACUUAAAGGAAUCACUGCAGAUGAGAGUGCAACAGUUCAUGAUACUGCUACUCUAGGUGUUGUGGUAGUUAGAUAUUGUGGAUACACGGCAGUUGUAAAAGUUCCAGUUGAGAUAAACUGGGAGGGAAGUCCUAUUCCCCAGGACAUUGACAUCGAGGAUCAACCUGAUGGUGGUGCUAAUGCAUUAAAUGUCAAUAGCUUGAGAAUGCUGUUACACAAGUCAUCCUCACCACAAUCAUCAAGUGUAGUUCAACGCUCACAGAAUGCAGAUUUUGGGGAUUUACGGUCUGCUAGGUGCUUGGUAAGGAAAGUACUAAGGGACAGUCUGUCAAAAUUGCAAGGAGAAGAUGCUAAGCAGAGGAGGUCUAUCAGAUGGGAGCUCGGUGCGUGUUGGGUGCAGCAUUUGCAAAAUCAAGCUUCUGGGAAGACUGAGCCAAAGAAAACUGAAGAAGCUAAGGUAGAGCCAGCUGUCAAGGGUCUUGGGAAACAGGGUGGAUUGCUAAGGGAAAUUAAGAAGAAGGCAGAUGAUAAGAGCAGAAAGACUGAGCAGGGAAAGGAGGGAGGUACUUGUAAUGGAUUUGACUUGAGCAAGAAAUUAGGUACCGCAGAUCAGAAGGAAUCAGAAAAGCCAGACUUGGAGAAGGAAAUGAUGUUGAGAAAGCUGCUUCCUGAACCAGCAUUUCUACGCCUAAGAGAAUCAGAAACUGGUCUUCACCUUAAGUCACCUGAUGAAUUGAUUGAGAUGGCUCACAGGUACUAUGAUGAUACUGCACUUCCCAAACUGGUAGCUGAUUUUGGCUCCCUGGAACUUUCUCCAGUUGAUGGGAGGACAUUAACUGAUUUUAUGCAUACCAGGGGUUUACAAAUGUGUUCAUUGGGACGUGUGGUUGAACUUGCAGAUAAGCUCCCUCAUGUGCAGUCUCUUUGUGUGCAUGAGAUGGUUGUUCGAGCUUAUAAGCACAUACUGCAGGCAGUUAUUGCAGCAGUUGAUGACAUCAGUGACUUGGGUGGGUUGGUGGCCUCGUGUUUAAAUAUAUUGCUGGGAACUCCUCAUGGAAAUGCUGAUGCAGACAUAAUUGAUGAUGACGACCUAAAACAGAAGUGGAUAGAAACAUUCCUCCUGAAGAGAUUUGGCUGGCAAUGGAAACGUGAAAGUUGUCAAGAUUUGAGAAAGUAUGCCACUCUUCGUGGACUUUGCCACAAGGUCGGACUUGAGCUUGUUCCUAGAGAUUACGAUAUGGACACUACAUCUCCUUUUAGAAAAUCAGAUAUUAUUAGCAUGGUCCCUGUUUAUAAGCAUGUCGCAUGCUCGUCUGCAGAUGGGCGUACACUAUUGGAAUCAUCCAAAACUUCUUUGGAUAAAGGGAAACUGGAAGACGCUGUCAACUGUGGAACUAAGGCACUUUCAAAGCUGGUGGCUGUCUGUGGCCCUUAUCAUCGAAUGACAGCAGGAGCAUAUAGCCUUUUGGCUGUAGUUCUCUACCAUACUGGUGAUUUUAACCAGGCGACCAUCUAUCAGCAAAAGGCUUUGGAUAUCAAUGAGAGGGAACUUGGUCUUGAUCACCCAGAUACAAUGAAAAGCUAUGGGGAUCUUGCUGUUUUCUACUAUCGGCUUCAGCACACAGAAUUGGCCUUGAAAUAUGUCAAUCGAGCAUUGUAUCUUUUGCAUUUAACCUGUGGGCCAUCCCAUCCAAAUACCGCUGCCACUUAUAUUAAUGUGGCAAUGAUGGAAGAAGGCUUGGGGAACAUCCAUGUGGCCCUUCGGUACCUUCAUGAGGCUCUCAAGUGUAACCAAAGACUUCUUGGAGCUGAUCAUAUUCAGACUGCUGCCAGUUAUCAUGCCAUCGCAAUUGCUCUUUCGUUGAUGGAAGCAUACUCAUUAAGUGUUCAGCAUGAACAGACAACUCUACAUAUACUGCAGGCAAAGCUUGGAUCGGAAGAUCUCCGUACACAGGAUGCUGCUGCAUGGCUUGAAUACUUUGAGUCAAAGGCAGUUGAGCAGCAAGAAGCUGCACGGAAUGGUACUCCAAAGCCAGAUGCUUCUAUUGCCAGUAAAGGCCAUCUAAGUGUAUCAGACCUUUUGGAUUACAUAAACCCAGAUACAGAUCUGAAGGGAAGAGACAACCAAAAGAAGCAAGCUCGUAUGAAGAUCAAGGGGAGGCCAUGUCAAAACCAGUGGGAAACAAUCACAGACGAGUAUCAAAAGGAUGAAACUUUAUCAACAACUUACCCUGUGACAGAGACCUCUAGUGAUAAAGAGAACAAGCAUGAAACUCAAAAUCUGGAAUCAAAAGAUGAGAAMCCUGCCGUUAGUCUAGUAAACGGGACCAUAGUGAAGCAACAGGAUGACCUGGUACAGGAUGAUACCACUGAUGAAGGAUGGCAGGAAGCUGUUCCUAAGGGUCGUUCACUUGCAGGCCGUAAGUCUUCUAGUUCAAGGAGGCCAAGCCUAGCAAAAUUGAAUACAAACUCCAUGAAUGUAUCAGAUUCUGGAAGAUACAGAGGAAGGCCUGCCAAUUUCCAAUCCCCUAGAACAUCACCAAAUGAGGCUACUGCUGCCACUGUUGCUGGUCCUGUUCCAAAGAAAUUUGUGAAGAGUUCAAGCUUCAGUUCGAAGCUCAACGGUUCUGCUACUUCUGUAACAGAAUCAGAGAAAUCUGCUAACUCAAAAUCAACCCCAGGUAGCCCUGCUCCAGCUGGCCAACAUACAAGGUCUGCAUCUCUGACAGCUGCAGCCAGUGCUGGGAAGCUCUUGUCUUAUAAAGAAGUUGCACUGGCUCCACCUGGUACAAUAGUGAAAGCUGUAGCAGAGCAGCUACCAAAAGAAAGCCAUGAUGAGCAUAACCCUCAGGCAAACAGCGAAUUGUCAACAACAGAGCCAACUCAUACUGAGGAGACAACAAUAAAGCAUGAAGAAGAAAAAAAGGUCCAGAAUCCGAUUGAAGGAGAUGAUCAACCAUUGGCUUCCACUGAAGAAAUAAAGAGAACUGCUACUGAAAAAGAUGUUGAACUAAGUAAUGUUAUAUCUGAACCCUUAAAAGAAAUGAAGUGUAGUCCUGUUGAAGAAGAAAAUGUAGAAGCUGAGGUAGCUGCACCCAUGGAGAUUGGAAAUUCUGAGUCCUUGAAAGAUUCAAAUACUCUUUCAUCUGAAUGUGAACUGCUAGAAGCAGGAGGUACUCUUAGGGAGACCCCAACUACUUUGUCCAACUCAGAACCUCAAUUUGUUUCAACAGAUGAUAAUUAUAGAUCCCUGCCAACAGGCAACCAGGCCACGAAUUCAGGAGAAAAGGUGGCAGAGGUAGGUGAAAAUCCACAAGAAUUAACCAAUGGGAAUGAGAAUGAGAAACUUUUGUCAGAAGAAGGGGAAAAGCAUGAAGAAGCAGAAGCUGGGAAAGAAACAAGCAAGAAACUUUCUGCCUCUGCACCUCCAUUUAAUCCAUCCAUAAUCCCUGUCUUUGGCUCAGUUCCCAUGACAGGUUUCAAAGACCAUGGAGGAAUUUUACCUCCACCAGUGAAUAUUCCUCCAAUGCUGAAUGCUAACCCUGUUCGUAAGUCUCUUCAUCAAUCAGCAACAGCACGGAUUCCUUAUGGCCCUCGUCUAUCAGGGGGGUAUAACCGAUCUGGUAAUCGAGUUCCACGUGCCAAGGCUGGUUUUCAGAAUGGUGAACAUGCUGGAGAUGGAAAUCACUUUAGCCCUCCUAGAAUAAUGAACCCAAAUGCAGCUGAGUUUAUACCAGGUCAGCCAUGGGUACCCAAUGGCUUCACAGUGACUCCAAAUGGUUUUCCAGCUCCCAUGCAUGGAGUUCCAGUCUCACCAAAUGGUUACCCAGUUUCGCCACAUAGUGUUCUGCUGUCACCAAAUGGUUAUCCAGGUUCUCCAAACAGUCCACUGGAAUCUCCAACACAUGUGAUUGUUGAAGUUGGUGAAGCCAAAACUGAAGUUCAUGCAGAACAGAAUGCUGAAACAUCUUUGAUGGAAAUGAAGGAAGAAGAUUCAAAUAACCAAAACAAACUAGAAGAUGAAUCUGUAGAGUGUGAAAAAACUGGUAUUAAAGUGGAAGAAAAUCCCAGAUCCAUAGUAGUGACUUCUGAUGAACUUGUGGUGGCAAAAGAAACUUGCACCAACAUAAAGGUUGAAGAAAAGCCAACCAAGUGUUGGGGAGAUUAUAGCGAUAGUGAAGCUGAGGUUGUUGAGGUUAUGAGUUAGAAAGAUAUUAACAUUUCUGGAGAGACAGAUGCAAGCUCACUUGUCUACAGAUUAACGGUUCACGUGAAAGAGAGAGAGAAAGAGAGAGAAAAGAAGUGACAAGCGAAUUAUUGCGGCAACCUGGAUGAUAAGGAAUAGAAAGAGUCAAAUUGGUUUUCUUUGCCUUCAAAUUUCUGGUAAGCAAGGCAAUGUGCUGAGUGUUUGUUACAAUUGGUCUUUAGAAACAAUGAAACCCAGUAGGAAGAUCUAGGCAUAUGCUGGUACAUGAAAGGAAUAUACUGAAGAGCAUUUGAAGGAGCUCUUUAGUAAUUAGUUCAGUGACUUGGGCUACUCUCUUCUACUUAGCAACCGAGACAAUAACAACCUUAAGAGGAUUUAAUUUUCCAGUACUUUUCUAGUUAGGGGGAACUGUACAUUGCUGUUAUCCUACCGUGAACUUGAGAUUUUCUUGCCUUGGGCAUUGAAUUACUGUGUAAAAAUCCUUUCAAUGAAAUUUCAUAUGCAGGAAUAUUAUUUGUAGUAA